UCAGCGUAAAUUAUACGUAGUGACAUUUGACCAGAGAAAUCAUGGUCAUCGAAUGGUAGACCCCAAGGCUAAUGAGGGCUGGAGCAAGGUAGCAACCCAAAACAAUGACCGGCAUGCAAUAGACAUGUACAGUUUACAAACUGGAACGGCCAGGGACGUCUCGUUCCUCAUCGAUUUUCUACCAGCCUAUGUCUUUCCUGAACAGGAACGCAUAGUCACCGGGUGGGGGGUUGCUGGUGUCAGCCUUGGCGGUCAUUCUACCUGGAUCUCUUUGAGCCAAGAUCCCCGACUAACCAUUGGAAUACCUAUCAUUGGAUGUCCCGACUAUCUCACUCUUAUCUCAGCGCGAGCUGAGAAAUUUGGGAUUUCUCUAGAGAAAUCAUCAUAUCUGCCUGAUAGUCUCCUAGUGCUGAUACAGCGCUCGGAUCCGGCUUCCACUGCAUACAGAUCCAGUGAUUCAUCGAAUCCCUUCUUGGGCAAGAAGAUCUUGGUCCUGUCCGGAGCUGAUGAUUCUCUUGUUCCGUGGUCAGCUAGCGAGCCCUUUGUGAAUGGAUUGGUCGUCGGUGAAAAAGGUGUCAAGCGCGUCUUUGUACAGGAAGGGGUUCGCCACAAAUGCUCGCCUGAGAUGGUCCAGCAAUUGGUCGAGUUCGUUCGCACACACACUCAGUAAUUAGAUUGUGAAGUAAAUAAAUAAAUAAAUACCAUGUAUGACU